AUGGUACUGACUGGCUCUCCUUCAACCCAACCCUCUUACCUGUUCCACACCGUCCUGGAGGUUCUUGUGUACUCUCACCCAGCUGAUACACCAGGGACAGCCACUAUUCUGACCUCCACCACCAAAGAUCAAAAAGCCACAAUAUGGGUUCUCGAGACGCUGCACUGCGACCCCGCACUCUGCGAACAUGGCGCUACGAGCGGGAGCGUGCGGGCCGCGGCCUGCAGCCUGCGCGCCGCCUCCGCUCCCGCCGCGCCCUGCCUGCCGCGGCCCUGGGGGCUGAGGGCGGGCCCCGUCCGGACGCUGCGCACGGGCUCCGCUCUGCUGUCUGUGCGUAAAUUCACAGACAAACAUGAAUGGAUAACAACAGAAAAUGGUAUUGGAACCGUUGGAAUCAGCAAUUUUGCACAGGAAGCUUUGGGAGAUGUUGUUUACUGUAGUCUGCCUGAAGUUGGGACAAAAUUGAACAAACAAGAGGAGUUUGGUGCUUUGGAAAGUGUGAAAGCUGCUAGUGAACUUUAUUCUCCUUUAUCAGGAGAAGUAACUGAAAUUAAUGAGGCUCUUGCAAAAAAUCCAGGACUUGUCAACAAAUCUUGUUAUGAAGAUGGUUGGCUGAUCAAGAUCACACUCAGUAAUCCUUCAGAACUGGAUGAAUUAAUGAGUGAAGAAGAAUAUGAGAAAUACAUAAAAUCUAUUGAGGAGUGAAAUUGGAACCCCUAAGAAACCAGUAUGAAACAACUUAA